CUUCCAUGAAGCUUGGUUUUCCAAUCCCAUGAUUUGACUAUUCUAUUUUACCAUCCUUUCUUGCUUAGAUCUAGUCUUCCGAACAGACCCUCUAAAUAAAUUCUUGUGCUUGUUUAUUUCUUCAAUUCAAUCAUUUUCAAAAACUCAGUUGAAAAGAAAGAAGAAAACACAUCCCAACCCAAAAACCAAAAGCUCUUUUGUGCAUCAAGAAGUUCUUUUUCUCAAAAUGGUUAUGUCAUUCAUUUGUGGCACUGGUUCUUUCAAACAUCAGAUAGAAGAAGAGGAUGAACCUUGCAGCCCAUGUUCAACACCAAGAAAGCAAAGGAAAAGCAACUUAUGCAAAAGCAAAGACAGCAAGAACAACAACCCAUAUUCGGAUCUCGGGCUCGACAAGUUCUCUGCACUUCUAGCCGAGCUUGAAAGCAAGAGGCAAAAGAUUUACACCCAGGUUGGAUCAGAAGGAAUCUCUUUCGUACGAUUCUCUUACUCGAACACCAACGAUUGCAAGCCAAUUGUGGUGAGAGUGAGAGAGAAACAACAAGAAGAAGAAGAGAAAAACAAUAUUCACAUGAACAAAGAUAUUGAGCCCACUGCACAUAAUCCAGAGGUUGAUAAGCCAUCAACUUCAGGAAAUGAAUUGGGGGAUCAGAAGAUUAUGAAGAAGAAGAAGAGCUUUCCAUGGAAAUUGAAUAUGGGUAUGUUGAGAAGGCCUUCUUUCUACUUGCCUGCAGUUUUAAUUUUGAUUUUGUUGUUCUUGGCUGUGUUUGGGAGAUCAUUUGCUAUACUGUGUACCUCUCUUGGGUGGUACUUAGUCCCUAUUAUCAAUGGAACGAGCUCGAAUUUCAACAACAGGCCAAGGAAGAAGAAAGUGUAUGCAAGAAGAGCUAGUGAGAAGAAGAUUGUUAAUGAUGGAUUGUCUUCUCCUAAGAGUGUUAUUACUGGAGCCAUGAACGAUCUCUCAUCCCCACGAUGUGGUCAUCGGAGAAGCUUUUGAAAAGGAUCCUUCUGAUCAUUUCUUGUGAAUUUCUUCUUCCUUUUUUUUUCUUUUUUCUUUUUUCUUUUUUUUUUUUUUUUUUUUUUUUUUUUUUUUUGACCUGGUAUGGUUUUUGGUGGUCAAUUGUGUUGAGUGCAUGUAAAAAUUUUUGGCAUGUUGUGUCUCUGAUUGACUUGUUCAUCAUCAAUGCAAAUAAUAUGGGCUGAAUUAGAAAGCUGCUCAUGUUAUUAUAAGUAGCUGAUUCGAGUUGUAUAGUUGUUUUGUUAUGAGUACCAAUUUCAUAACAUGGACUCAAUAUCUGUUGGAUUACAUAGAAGAUCCAUUUGAUAUCCUUUUU